UCGUGUUGGAGGCGCGAGCAAUAACAAAAUCGCAGUUGAUAAAAAAAAAAACAACAAGAAGGUCCUGUCAGCGCGAUGCCGUCAACAUGUGCUGCUUAUGGGUGUACUUCUCGAGGUGUGCCCGGCAGCAACAUCCAUUUCUUCCGCUUCCCAUCGGUGAAACGUGAUCGCCAGCGCCGUGAAGCAUGGAUCAGGGCUGUGAGGCGCCAAAAUGAAGACGGCAGCCCCUGGGAGCCUUCAGGUUCGGCAAGGCUGUGUGAAAAACACUUCGUGAAAGGAUCGCCAUCCAACUCGCCCAGGCACCCUGAUUACGUGCCUUCUCUGUUUGUUUACACCGAUGAGUUCAAGAAAAAGGACGCUUUUCAUCGCUAUGUACGCACGGCAGCGCGUAUGAAACAACACAGUGAGCACCGACGAGCUGUUUCAGAGAAGCAGGCAGACCUAAAACAGGACUCAAUGGCAAAUGAGACGUCUUCAAAGUGUGAUGAAGACUCUGUGGAGAUGGAACAGACGGACAUGUCAGAUUCCGAGAGCACAGCAGGCAAGCACUUGUCAUACAUAAACCAUCUAAAACGUUGCAUGAUGCACAAUAGUCAAUGA